GGAACAUAUGCCACAGUAUAUGCGCACACAAUACUGCAAUCAUCGAAUCACAUACAGUUGUCCCACGCGCAUGCCGAGCAAAACUGCUUUUCAACUCGGGGUCGAUCUGAUCUAAUCGCCUAAUGCAGGGCGGAUGGCGGAUGCACCACGUUCGUCCGCCCGGAUGACGAUGAAACCCAGAGCUCUCCAACAGCGCCCACACUAGCAUUAGCAUCUCACACCAAAGCUGCCUCCGACGCUCCACUACCACCACGCGGAAUGUCCGUCUCCAGUUGUAUCAGCUAACAUCUCCCAUUACCAUUCUAUUCACUUCCCUACCCCAUUCACAUCCUCUUACCUCCGCAUACUUCCGCGCCACUCCGUCAGGCGCGCCUCCCCGUGUUGUAUAGAGGCAUCCAUCAGCAUGCCGGCGAGCGACUACGAUGUCCGCGCUCUCGCGCUACCUUUAGAAGAUGAAGAAACAGGCCAGACGCCAAUAUGGAGCCGGCGUUCGCAAUCAUCUACCUUCCGGCGCAACGCAUCGCACCAAAGUCAACACAGCUCAUGGCGGCAGCGCGCCAUGGACAAGUACGAUACGCUCUCGCGACGAGUACUGGAUCAAUACAACAAACUUUCUCCCCUGCAGAAAGUGCUGUUCUUCGUAGGGAACUUGGUGCUGGCAGUGGGCGGCAUAUUGUUCUUGGUGUACAACGAGCGCAUAUUCGGGGCCCUGUUGCCCGUCGCGAAGAAGUGGAGAGACGUGACGGCCGGGUGGCUGAUACUCUGGGUCUUGAUCUUCAUCGUAUCAUUUCCGCCAUUAAUCGGGUAUUCGAGUUUACUCACCAUAGCCGGCUUUGUCUAUGGUUUUCCAAACGGUUGGUUCAUAGCUGCGACAGCAACCGUUGCCGGCAGCACAGCAUCCUUCCUCCUCUCGCGCACCCUCCUCAAAUCCAUGGUCCACCGUCUCAUAGCGAAUGACACGCGCUUCGCUGCCCUCUCCCUUACCCUCAAACACGACGGCCUCAAACUCCUCGUCAUGUACCGACUAUGCCCGCUACCAUACUCCAUCUCCAACGGUGCUGUCGCAACCUUCCCUACCGUACACUGGGCAUCCUACGCUCUAGCCACAGCCAUAGUAUCACCAAAGCUGAUGCUUCACAUAUUCAUCGGAAGUCAACUCGAGAAGAUUGCCGAAAGUGGAGGCAAAAUGGACCCCAGCACAAAAGCUCUAUCUUACGUUUCCAUCUUCAUUGGUCUCGUUGCGGGUGUGACCACAGGCUGGCUCGUAUACCGCAAGACCAAGGCCCGCGCGGCACAGCUAGAAGCUGAGGAGCGUGCGGGUAUCCGUCGCAUGAGUAUCGAGGACCUUGAACAUGAAUACGCGGACGACCCGGGGGCGCUGGAAGCUGCCGAAAGAUUACGUGAAGAGGAUGACGAUAUCAGUCUCCGCACUACGUGGGACGAUGAGUACAGAGAUGAGCCACCUGAGACGGGUGAUGCCGUGGAAAUCGGCGACGAUCCAUUCAAGGACGGCGAUGCUAGUGACGGAGAAGAACGGGGACGCGGAAGGCAGAAGUAGACGUAUUUGGAUAUGGUCUUUUUACUUAGAUCGCUUGGAUAGACGAGUACCUACUAUAGACUACUAGAAUCGAAUCCGUGUCGUGAAG